UUUUUUAGGAAGAGCCAAGUGAAAGAAGUCUCCUGAGAGAAAGGUCUCAAUGCUUUGAUGCCUCAACAUUUUUCACAUGAUGGAGGACUGCAAUAAAAUCCAGGCCCUUGAGAGAGCGAUCAGAUGAGGACCCCAAUGAGUUAUGAGAGACCUCAGUGGAUCCUGACCCUGGAAACCCCGGUCAUUCUUUGUGAGAGCCAGAGGCUAGAAAGUUCUUCUAAAUCAGAAAUGGAUUGAAGUCUAAUAAACACAGAUUUGAGCAUUUCUAUUCAUUAAUUAAAUGUGGAUCUGGAAAAUUAUUUAGGGCAUAAUUCCACUGUUACAUGGCUUUAUACUGGGAAAAAAUAUCAAGAACCUGAAGACUGCACAGCCAAGCAAUUUUCUUUCUCAAAACCAUAAAUGCUAAUGAAGCCAACAAGGAAAUCAAAUCCCAAAAGAGGGAAAGAGGAAAAUGCUAUAACUUUCAAAAUAUAUAAAGAAUAUCUUUCGUAACAGGUACCUCAGCCUUGAAGGGGCUCUUUUAUUGAGAAUCGAUGUCUUCUCCUAGGUAAUUGAUCACCGUAGACGCAGGGACACUUGACUCAUCAUCAAGGGAGGGUAAUCAUCAUGAAUAAUCAAAAAGCUGUAGCUGCACUACUACAAGAGUGCAAGCAAGUGCUGGACCAGCUCUUGUUGGAGGCGUUAGAUGUGUCGGAGGAGGACAAGAGGGAGGACCAGCAGUGCAGAGCUUCACUCCCCAGGGAGUUAAGAACCCUGAUCCAGGAGGCAAAGGAAAUGAAGUGGCCCUUCGUGCCUGAAAAGUGGCAGUACAAACAAGCCGUGGGCCCAGAGGACAAAACAAAUCUGCAGGAUGUGAUUGGCGCCGGGUUGCAGCAGUUACUGGCGUCCCUGAAAGCCUCCAUCCUCGCCCGGGACUGUGCCACCGCCGCUGCCAUCGUGUUCCUGAGUGACCGGUUCCUGUACGGGCUGGACGUGUCGGGCCACCUCCUGCAGGUGGCCAAAGGGCUGCACAGGCUGCAGCCAGCCACGCCGAUUGCCCCGCAGGUGGUUAUUCGCCAAGCUCGAAUCUCCAUGCACUCAGGGAAACUUUUAAAAGCAGAGUAUAUCCUGAGCAGUCUGAUAAGCAACAAUGGAGCGACAGGUACCUGGCUGUACAGAAAUGAAAGCGACAAGGUCCUGGUGCAGUCGGUCUGCAUCCAGAUCAGAGGGCAGAUUCUACAGAAGCUGGGGAUGUGGUACGAAGCAGCAGAGCUAAUAUGGGCCUCGAUCAUAGGAUAUUUGACUCUUCCUCAGCCAGAUAAAAAGGGUAUUUCCACAUCACUCGGUAUAUUGGCAGACAUCUUUGUUUCCAUGAGCAAGAAUGAUUUUGAGAAGUUUAAAAACAAUCCUGAAAUUAACUUGGGCUUGCUGAAGGAGUUUGACCAUCAUCUGCUGUCAGCCGCGGAGGCCUGCAAGCUGGCAGCUGCCUUCAGUCCCUACACGCCCCUCUUCGUGCUCACGGCCAUGAAUAUUCGUGGCACAUGCCUGUUGUCAUAUAGUAGUUCUAAUGACUGUCCUGUAGGAGUGAAAAAUUCAUAUCUGUGUGAAGCCAAAGAGGCCUUUGAGAUUGGCCUCCUCACCAAGAAGCGUGAUGAAACAGUUACUGGGAAACAGGAGCUCCAUAGUUUUCUCAAAGCUGGUUUUGGCCUCACCACAGUGCACCAGAGACUCCAUGGGGAAACAGAGACAGUCCACGCAGCACGUCAGCUCUGUAGUGAAGCCAUGGGAAAGCUGUACACUUUCAGUAUGUCCUCCAGAAGUCAAGAGAGAGAAGCUAUCUCUCAGGAAAUUAUGUCUGUUAUCACUCGGGUGAAGGAACAUUUACAAGUUCAAGGCUUCUCAAAUUUAGAUGGCAAGUCUUAUGUUCCAGAGGGUUUCAGCUGUGGGUUGGAGAAACUCAUCUUGCAUGGGCAAGUGGAUUUCCAAAAAAUUCUUGAAACCUAUUCACAGCACCAUACUUCAGUGUGUGAAAUAUUUAAAAGCACUUGUGGAAACAACAAAAAUAAACAGAAAGAUACAAAAGUGGGAGUCUGCAUCACUGAUCUAAAAACAGAAACAAAAAACAUAGAUACUAUGAGUACUACUGAGGACAAACCACGUUUUGAAAAAGGCAUGGUAGUAUCUUCCUCCCAAAUGGCUAAGAAUGGUCAGGAGAAACUCAGAAGGGUAGGAAGGAGAAACUGGACCCGUUCUGAUGUAUUUCGAGUCUCCGUGGAUGAAGAGGUGGAGACUGAGGCUGAGUCACCAGACCACAGCAAUGGUGGGGGAGCUGUCUUGAACAAGUCUCUGAGUAACAGCCAGACCUCCAGUUCUUGGAGCAAGUUAUCAGAGUUUAGUUCUUCUACAAGUUGGGAGGAAGUGAAUUAUCAUGUUGAUGAUAGGUCAACUAGAAGAGAGCCUAGCAAGGAAGAACGUCUUGUGGACACACAGUGUUCCACGGCCCUGUCCGAAGAGCUGGAGAUCACUGGGGAGAGCAGAGCUGUGCAUCCACUGUCUUCAGAGCUUCGUGAUCUCUCUCUCCAGGUGUCCAAGGAUGACAGUUUAGAGUCUUCUCAAAGUCAGCUACACAAACACAUGCCCUUGACAACCUUCCCUCCUCGUAGCACAACAGGCACUUUGUUGGCCACGGGUGCAGGUAUGUUAGAAGAUGCUCCAGAAGGUAUGCAGGACUUCAGACAUGCAGGGUCCAGAAAUACUUCUGCUUGCCCCAGAUCCUCCUCUGGUUCUGCUUCUUGGUCUUCUGAUUCUGCUUGGCCCAAAAAAAAGGCCACAGAUCCUUCAAUCCAAGAAGAAGAAACCUUUGAAAUAAUUGAUAAGUUUCCAGAAGUCAACUGUGACACCAAAGACAGACAUGGAGAAGAGAAGGGAGAAGAAAUCAAAGGAGACAUAGGCCCUGCAUUUAAAGAUAGCCCCUGCUGGGUUGACCCAGAAGGAGAAACAGCAGAACGAGCAGAAGACGUGCCCUUAGACUUACAUGCAGUCGUGGGCGACUCUUUCGGCCGAAGCUCCACAGUAGCAUGUGGCUCUUCCACUUCUCAUUGGCCUGGUCAAAAUCCUGACUCUGGGAAAAGCGGUGGCUCAGUCAAAGGGCAGAGCGUUGACCCGGACGCCUCCACAGUGGAUGAGGAGAGCCAACUGCUGGACGGCGCGGAUGUUCAUGCCACCAGCACACAUGGCUCUUACCGACCUUGUGCUCUGAGACCGCUGUGCGGUCUGCAGGCCGAGAUCCCUAAUUCCUCAGUAAGAGGUGACAUUUCCAUCCCUGUCCUCAGCGAGGACUGUGCUACCACAGAGGAAGCAGAUGAACCUGGAAACCUGCUACACUGCAGCCAGAACUCCAGCUCGUCUGCGGCAUGGUGGUUGAAAUCACCUGCACUUUCCAGUGGUUCUUCUGAGGGAGAAAACCCAUGGUCCCUUCUGAAUUCCAGUGGAAGUUCUUUUGUUUCAUUGCCAGGAACAACAAGGCAAGAGAUCCUUGAGGCUCGCACUCUGCAGCCUGAUGACUUUGAAAAACUCUUGGCCGGGGUGAGGCAUGACUGGCUGUCCCAGAGACUGGAGAAUACAGGAGUUUUCAAGUCCGGUCAACUCUAUGGAGCACACAAUGCUCUUUUGUUAAAAUAUUCCAAGAAAUCUGAACUGUGGACAGCCCAGGAAACUGUUGUCUAUUUGGGGGACUAUCUGAAUGUGAAGAAGAAAGGCAGACAAAGAAAUGCAUUUUGGGUUCAUCAUCUUCAUCAAGAAGAAACUCUGGGAAGAUAUGUUGGAAAAGAAUAUAAGGAGCCGAAAGGGCUCUGGCACCACUUCAUCGAUGUGGAGAGGCAGAUGACUGCACAGCACUAUGUGACAGAAUUUAACAAGAGACUUUAUGAACAAAAGAUUCCAACACAGAUAUUUUACAUACCGUCUACAAUAUUACUGAUUUUAGAGGGCAAAACAAUAAAAGGAUGUAUCAGUGUGGAACCUUACAUACUGGGAGAAUUUGUGAAAUUAUCAAAUAACACGAAAGUGGUGAAAACAGAAUUCAAAGCCACAGAAUAUGGCUUGGCUUAUGGCCAUUUUUCUUAUGAGUUUUCUAAUCAUAAAGAUGUUGUGGUUGACUUGCAAGGUUGGGUGACAGGUAAUGGAAAAGGGCUCAUCUACCUCACAGACCCCCAGAUUCACUCUGUUGAUCAGAAAGAUGUCACUACCAACUUUGGAAAGAGAGGAAUUUUUUACUUCUUUAAUAACCAGCAUGUGGAAUGUAAUGAAAUAUGCCAUCGUCUUUCUUUGACAAGGCCUUCAACUGAGAAACCAAAUAAUUCGUAGACUCUCUGGAGUGGUAAUGACCACUUAGUGCUGCUGACCAGUGCCGGCUCUCCUCUCCUUCCAGGCACACAGAUUAUGGCACAGCCUGGUCCCUUUAGGUUUAGGUCGGGCCAUGGGGCUGGCCUAUGGCUUGUGAGAGGAAUUGAUGAGGAUCUCUUUCAGGCCCAUAUUGAAUUGCCAGUGCACCCUGCAGAGUCUCUUUCCCUGUGCCGCAAUUACCAAGAAUACGCCAGGAGACAGCUGCUCAUCAGCAUAAGUCCUACAAUGAGGAAAGCAUGGGAAAGAGACCCAACUGACGGACACAGAGCGCGUAUGAGAAAUAAACUUUUCUGGCUUAAGCCAUCGAGAUUUUGGAGCUUUUUGUCACUAUCUGUCAAGACUGAUAACUACUGGUGUUUUUCUUACUGAUUUAGGAGUUGUUUGUAUAUAUUAAAGAAUUCAGGCCUUUGUGAUAUGAA